ACUGCAGAAAAAUGACUUCCCUUUUCAAAUGUUGAUUACUUUUAACAGAACUUAGCAAAUUGUGGGCCUCCUUACAAUUGAGAUCGUGUUGUGGAAACUAAUACUUAUCAGUUCACAAUUAUAAUUUAGCAUGACUUCCUGUAUCGCUGCCUGUAGCCUCACAUUCAGAGCUGCAGUGUUUGGAGCGGGUGGCUUUCAUUGAUCCACAGAUACAAGCACUACUUAGUCUAGUAAACAGAUAAUUUAAAACGAAUAAAAUAAUGACUGGUGGCUGAUGCAAUUAAUAAAUUUGCCUGAACAGCAACAACAAAAUCUCUUUUUUUCAGCGCAUGUUGCUGAUGCGUGAUUACUGCCAGACCUCUAAAAUCAAAACAUGACUUGCAUAAAGUCUUUUGGACAACACAAAGUUACCUAAAAGAUCUCAAAAAGCAACACAAAGUUUGGUUUGGAUACAUUUUUCCCAAUAAAAUUGGUGUUUAAGAGGGUUAUUUUUGCAUUUAUCAUUAUCUCUAUGAUUAUCAGAAUUAGUUUGAUGACCUGAAAUAUUUCAGUGAGACUGAAAUAGAUGACCAGAAGACCUCCAUUAAAGGAACCGAUAUGUUUUGACAGCACUCUUUACAGCAGCAAUGGAUGACUGGAGAUGUCUCCAUAAUUCUGAACCUUCACUGUAGCUUCGAUCUCGUAUUAUCUCAAGAAAUGACUCAGACCUUUGUGUCACUCAACUCAUCAUAUUUUAUUAUUUAAAAUUUGCCCAAACCUUAAGUCGCAUGUUCAUCAUUCACUCCUGAAAUGCUUCUAGCAGUCUCACUGGUGUGACGUCUGACAUUUUCCAAUGUGUCUCUUUGAUCCGGAAGAAAUCUUAGAGUGUUGUAAGUGCAGCGUUGACCAAGGCCAAACAUAAACAUGCAACAUAACUUUACUGUAAAAGAAAUUAUGUUUUCGUCAUCACAGUUCCGGUCACCUGCCAACGAGAUGUGUUCUGCCUGCUUGACACCGGUGUACCCGGUGGAAAGAAUGGUGGUCAACAAGCUAACCCUGCACCACAACUGUUUCUGCUGUAAGCACUGCAAGAAGAAGCUCAGCACUCACAACUAUUCAUCUCUUUAUGGAGAGUUCUACUGCAUCUCCCACUACCAGCAGUUGUUUAAGAGAAGGGGGAACUAUGAUGAAGGAUUUGGGCACACACAACAUAAAGACCGCUGGCUUCACAAAAAUACAGGAACAGAUGAGCCCGAUGCCAAAGCCACGUCCAAAAUGACCAAAAACAACUUAAAAACGCCUGCUGAGCUGCUCAGUCCGACGGCUGGCAUAAACGAGCGCAAGGAUAAGAGUGUUGCUGAUGUUAAGGGCAAGCUGAAAGUAAGAUGGCCUCCAGAGAGGAAUAUUACCAGGUCCAAUCCGACACAGCUGACAAAUGCACCAGUGCUGAAAAAUAAGGCGCAUGAAGCCGGCAAACCGGCUACCGUCGGUGAAUCAGAGCGUUGGAGGAGUGACAAACCUGACUAUAGGAGAGAAAUGACAAACACAGCAGGGAAGGGACAGUCUAAGACAGUAAAUUUGGUCUCAGCUAAAAAGUCGCCUCCUGGGAAACCAGUGUCAAUGAAGGAUUCAACAAAAUCAGCCCAAAUCUCCAUCCCUCCAAUGGAGCGUGAAAUUCCUUUGCGCACCUCUGUGAAAAACCAAAGAGCAGUUCAGACAAGAGUGGUGACCCUUUCAAAACUGAACAGCAGUCCAGUUUCUAACAAUCUGGAAGCCUUUCAAAAUAAAGUUCGGAAGUCUGUCCGAUUUGCUCAGAAGGUUGACGUGGCUUUGUGCGACCAGUCUAGGCAGAUCGGCUCUGGAGCUGAAUCUGAAAACUCCCCAGAGCAAUCAGAGCAAAGCCUUACAAGUAGCUCCCAGCAUGAAACAGAGACCAAUGACAUGGAAGUAGAUUCUUUAAGCAAUGGACUUGAAGAAAGUAAUGGAACCCCUGAGAUGACUCUAUGUCAAGACAACAGAGACCCAACAACUGAACCAAACCAGGAGUCCAAUGUUGAUGUGGAGACCAGGCAGGAAAUGCCACGAAUGGAUGAUGUAACCCUGCCAGAAGAUGUGGAGGAGGUCAAAGGCUCACUUGAUUGUCAAAGUCACACAGACAUAUCCAGUUUGACUGAAGAUAAUACAACACAACAUGAACCAUCUGAGAAAGCAGAUGUUGCUUCAACGGGUCAGGUCAGCACAUGUGGUUCUGAGGAUCUGAAUGGUCCACAAAAUCCUGCGGGACAUGUGACUGAAGAGGAGGCCAGUCUUGAAAUGAAUGAAAACCAGUUGACAACAGCCAGUUCGAACAGUGAGAAAGAAAACACUGCAAUUCAGAAGAAGGCUCUACCAAGAACAAACUCAAAAACCAAACUAGGAUCCUUGUCCAAAGGAAGGAGUCCUUUGACGAAGCUCUUUACAUCAACUGGUAACGACAAAGCAACAAGAGUAGAAACAAAGGAUGCAAAGAAAACUGAUGUGAAACCUGGUGGUGGACUGUUUGGAAGACUGUUUCAAUCAUCCUCUGACGCAACAAAAACACCUGCACAGCCAGAGGAACAUACCAAAACCAGUACCGCUAAUGAGACAGCAGAGAUGGAACCAGAGACUAAGACGGAAGAGAAUAAGGGGGAGAACAUUUCUGAAGUUGCACCUUUGGAACCAGAAGCUCCAAAUCAGACAAGCUCAGAGCUUUCUGAGGAAACUAUCACAACAUCUAUAGAGCAGGUCAACUUGUCCCAGGAAUCCAUCAAAGAAACCAGUGAGCAUCUACCAACUCCAGAGAAAACUGAUGAAAACCCAGCCUAUCAAGAAUCAGAUUUAAAUAUCACUGCAGCUACAGAUCAGUCUGCAAGUGAUCCAGAAAAACAACCUGAAAUCCUCCUUACUGAUACGAGUUUACCAAACCCAGACCCAGAACAAUCAGUCAUUGAGUCGACACCUGAAGGAAGCAGUGAUGAACAUUUAAUUCAUCCUGUUGUUGAUGAUAACUUCGGAGAAGUUGUGAGUUCAACCCAGGCGGGUGAUGGAUCCAUUCAGAUAAGUACCGACGAAUCUUCUCCAAAUUCAGACAAACUGCUUGACGCACCCGAUGAAACGGGAGGAAACCUGAGCAGUGAAACGCUGUUCAGCUCCAGUGCUGAAAAUCCACAAGAUCAAACCAACUUCUUUGAUUUGUCUGAGAGCUCCAGCCUGGCAGGUUCCUCCCCUCUGAGUGCCUCAGCUGAGACUGCUGCAGCUCUUCCUCAUGAUUUCAGCUUGAUGGACACUCAGCUGCUGUCAGCUGAGGCUGAGGCUUCCCUCGUAAUGACAGAUCCACCACCUGACCCCGACUCGGCUUUACUCUCCGUAAAGCAAGAAGACAACCUGGACCCUUUCAGUGGAGUCAACCAAACAAAUGACCAGAUUGCUGACUUCGACAUAUUCGGCUCGAGCAACGAUCUCUUCUCUCACCCUAUUCUUUUCGACGCGCCUGACCCAAAUGGAGAAGAAGUUUCAACAAAUCAAUUUUCUGCCUUUCCUGAUGACAUCUUUGGAGUUAGUCAUACCUCAGACAGCACAGCUCUGUUUCCAGUGCAACCAAACAUCUCCAACGUUUCUAACUCACUGAACGAUUUGCUCGGAUCUGACGCACCGUCCACUGUCGCUCCUCCCACUCAGAUAGAUCUUUUUGCUGGAGACAUUUUUGCCACAGAUGCACAGUUACUCGCCGUAGCAGAACCAAGCGAUGCUGAUGUGUUUGGAGAUAAUCUGUUGGUCUCUGAAGGCAACAACACUGAGCAGAAAUCAGAAAGCAGCAGCUGGAUGGACGAUUUGCUUGGGUAAUGUCGGGCUUUUGUUUUGACUUCCGUUUACAGAUCCGACCCUGGCAAGCCAGUGGAUACACAUUAUGAACAAAUCAACUAAAUUACACAUUUUUACCAAAUUCAAUCAGAUUAGAAAUUUUUUGUUUGAUAAGUACUCUUUCAAUAAAGAACAAUUUAUGUACAUAUUAUAUUAUGGAUAACGUCACAUGAUUUGCAGGAAGAUUUUUUUGUUAAUAGACACAAACAUAAGAAAGAUUUAAGAGAAGAUAUAUGAAAAUGUAUCUUGUAAAUGAAUAGUCCUUUCUCUGAAUGUAUUCAUCAAUGACUUGUGUAAUAAACGUUCAAAUGUA